UUACGUGUUCUACGGCGUCCUCAGAAUUUGUUCACGGAAAGUGUAUCGCCAUAUUGCUUCCGUGAAUUCAUUGAAAUAUUUGUACAUUUCUCUUCAAUUAUGACUGCAAUAUGAAAAUUAAGUGAAAUAAAACAAACCAUAGACGGUCGGUAACUGUGGGAACACUUUUCUAUACACAACGGACUCUGAUUUAAAGGGAAAAAGCGUGGAGCGAGCAGUAUGUCGUUCGAAAAGAUGGAGGUUGUAAACCCGGCGGAAAAGGAGGCGAGCGAAGUGCUUCACUCCCUGUUGUCUGUUGAGAGAAGGAGUGUGGACAGUAAGGAGGCAAUCAUCGUCUCGAUACCAUCAGACCAGAACGGCGGCGGCGAAUACGGCGAGAGUGCCCAGUGGCACACGCCAGUUAUGGGCCAACAUUCCGUUUUCGAGAUGGGUGCUCCUCAGAACAUGCAACAACACAAUUACAAUGGCCACCAAGAACCGGUCCUAUGGCAGGGUCAUACAAUCCAAGUGGAAAAUGGGGAUGCCAGUAUGCAAGGCAUAGCGACAUCAUACACAAUCCAAUUUGGAUCACAUGUAGAAGGUGAAACGGGAGAAUUGGAUGUGGAAACAAAGCCUAAAGUAGAGAAAAAAACUGGUAUGAAAAAAAAGAAAAAGGCAGAUUCAGAUAGUGAUGAAGAGGUACUUGAUAAUAAACUGGAGGAUAACCCUGCUCAGGUCAAAGAAAGACUGCUAAGAGGAUGCGAUUGCAAAGACAACUGCUACCGCGGACUCAAUCCAGAAGCUGUGUACCGUCAUCGACUGAACAUAGCCGAAUUGACGAAAAGUGAACAUGACAUGUAUCUAAUGGGCAUCACAAUGGCAAGUUUGGCCAAUCCUGCAGAGACAUCACGACAUAAAGUAAGAAGGAGACUACGAGCAUGUUAUGUGUACCAAGGACGUAAGGUUUGUUUAGAAGCUUUCUUGUAUUUAGAAAAUGUUACACAUUACCAGCUUAAGCGCAUCAGGCAGCAUGUAAUGACACAUGGUGUCGCGCCACGGAUACAUGGCAACGUUGGCAAGAAGCCAUACAAUACCUUCACGCUAGACAUUUAUAAACAUGCUACAAAUUUUUUAAAGGAAUAUUUAAAACAACAUGCAUGCUCACCUAAAGAUGUUCAGCCAUCAGGUGAGGGAGGUAAGAAAGCUAGUAAAACUGUGAUUAUCCAAGGUGACUCUAGGAAACACUUAUUCGAAGCAUACAAAGAGUAUGGAGAAAUUCUAGAGCCAGGUGUAAAACUUAUGGGUUACUCAACGUUCCGAGCUUUCAUGAAAGACCAGUUUCCACAUGUUAAAUUCGCCACAAAGAAACAGGAUCUACCGAAAGACAUGGUGCCAUUCCGGAGUGGUAAAUGUAUGUCGUAUGAUAAAAACAAAGAUCCUAUCAGGAUACAACAGGAGAAAGAAAAGGCUGAAGCUAAAAAGGCAGCUAUAGAGGCCAAAAAGAAGGAGGAACAAGAGAGGGAACAGCAAGCACAACAACAAGCUCAACAACAGCAGCAGCAACAACAACAACAGGUCCAGCAACAACAGCAACAAGUGCAGCAGGUACAGGUGCAACAACACCAGCAAAUGCAGAACCAACCACAUGUGGUCAUACAUCAACAGCAACCACAACAACAACAGUCUAUGCAACAACAAAUGUUGGUUCCUCAAGUGAGUCAACACCAACAAGUUCUAACACAACAGGUUGGUGGUGUUCAGCAAGUAGCACAACAGCACUGUGUACAGCCACUCGGUGUAUCUGAAGAAGGUGGACAACCAGUGGAAAUGGCACAGCAAGUCAUCCCAUUAGCUGUUGUUCAGCAACCUCAACAAGCUUACAUUGUCACUCCUGUAUCUCACUUCCAAACACGUGUCCAAGGUGCAUGGUAUAGACAUUGACAACAGUCGUCCCUUGGCUCCAUCGAGGUUUUAAGAUGCAUAGAACGGAAUAAUGGGGAGGAAAUGAUUACAACAUAACAAGAUCUCAUGACUGAAAAAGUCAUCAAACUUAUUCUGAACCUGAUCGGUCUUGUAACGCCACACGUAACUUUGGCAAUAAGUUAGCAAAGAUAGGUUAACACCUUUUCAGUAUUGGUUUAAAAACUGAUUAUAACAAUUUUAUGUGUAAGUAUAACCAUAUAUACACGACUUAUAUUAGCUGUAGGUAUGUAGUUUUAUGUUAUGUGAAGAUGAUUUAAACCGAUUUAUUUACGGUCAUUAAAAUUUCAAUAUAGUCCGUCGCGCUAUAUACACAAUAAUAGGUGGUACAUUUUAGUACAAAUAAUAACGGAGAGAUAUAUUGUUAUUGAUAACUCCCUCGAAUUGAAAUCAAAUUUUAAGAUAUUUAGUUGAAAUUAAAUUUAGGUUUAUACCUUAGAUUAUAUAGAUAGAACCUCGGGCCUUAAAAACGGGUCAAUUUUUGUCAGCUAAUUGUUGUGUAAAAUUAGUCGACUCGUCUUUUAUUUUAUUAGUGUUCUAUAUAUUUACACUUCAAUGUAUCUUGAAGUGUCUAUAUUUAAUUAAAAUGAGUAUUUGCGAACUAAAAAGAAGUAAAAUUUAUAAGACGAAAAAUAGAACUAAUAAAGAAAUCACUUAUAGAUAACCAGUAAAUAUCUUCAGUUUUAAACAUAAAUAUAAUUAUAUAUAUUUAAUUUUUUUAAAUUCGCGCCAUUUUUAUUGUAUAUAUACAAGUAUGCGAUAAAUUCCACAAAAAUCAAUUAAAAUGAUUUGAAUUGUUUUUCUUUGAAUUGAAUUGAAUUCAAAUUGAGAAUUGAAUUAUUUUUAAUUAUUAUUUGUAUUAUGUGCUAUUUAUUUUUACAUAAUAUAAAUAUAAUAUUUAUGUGGAUAUGUACAAAGAGAUAUUAUUGAGUAGAUAUUAUGCACUUUGUUAUUUGACUAAUUGCUUUCAAAAUCAAAAUCUACAGAUUCGUGUAUACUUUAAAUAUGGAUCAGAUGUUAGAAUUAAUGAAAAUGGUCGGCAUUUUUUAUUUCCUUGUUAUUUGACAGAUUGCUUUCAAAAUCAGUAUCUGAGAGUUCAUAUACGUUUCAAAUAUGGAUUCAGUGUCACAAUUAAUCAAAAUGGCUUCGAUUAUUUCUAACAUCAAUACAUGUUUUAAAUCUAUAAAAAAUUUAGAUAUUAGGUUAAGUUAGGAUAUAGGUUAAGUAAAAAGUAUUUAAGAUGGCCGUUACUUUUAGUAUCAUUAUCUGUCUAUAUUUAUAGUAUACAUGGAUUCACAAAUACCGAUUUUCAACCUUCACUUCAACAUUUUAUUAUAUUUUAAAGCAAUAUGAAAGAAUUAUCAAGUUUUAUCUACCGAAUUCUUAUUCUUUAUCUACGCAUUAUUUUUAAUAAAUAAUAUGAUUAAAUAUAUAAAUAAAGUUCGAUAUUAUAAAGGAUUAUUUAAUCAAUAAUAUUUUAAGUUACGACCUUCAUCUUUGUAUGGAGACUAUCUAUAUAAUCUAAGGUUUAUACAAAAUAUAUUGUAAUACAAUUAUUAUUUUUUACAAAAUGGCCACUGUUUUUACUAAAAUAACUUGUAGGUACUUGUCAUUAAGUUACAACAUCAUGACACUAUUCAAUAUUCUAGAUUUUCUUUUUUUAUAUAUUGUUUUCUUAGUACAUGAAAUAGACUUCAAAAUGUAAAAAUAUACUUAUUUAAAAUUACAAAACUAUACAAAUACGUUUUAGGGCAGCGAUUGAAAUCUCCUUCUAUUUAUUUAUUCAGUAGUUCAGAUAACAUUUUAACAUUAAUGUUGUUCUUGUCCUAAAUAGAAAAGGAAUGCACUAGUUUCAAUGUCAUUAUCAAUUUAGCUUUGUUGUGUAUCAGAAUUGAUAGCAAUAUCCAUAACAACUUAAAUUCUACUAUCUUGGAGCCUGAGCUGCUAAACUUUACUUUAUUAAAAAAAAGAACAGUGCCUUCAAAAGUUUGAUGUGAAAUAAGGACAAGUUUUAAAUAUUUAUUUUUCAUCACAAUUAGUAUUUAGUAUUUAACUUUGUAAAGUGUAGGUUUAUUUGAAAAGAAGAUAAUAUCAAUUUUGAUAUAAAUGUAUGACUUUCUUAAUUGUAUUGAAAGUUAGUAGAAUUUAUAUUUAUUUCAUAUUUACCCCCACGUAAUUCUACACUUAAUUAUAAUUACAUAUCAAAGGGGACUUUGCAGAAUCAUACAAGUAACUUUAAAAGACUUUAAUUAUAUUUGUACUUUUAAUAUUAUUUUAUGAGUUGAAAAUUACACAAUUUGUUCUCACAUUGUCUCUUCGUUUUUGUGAUUAAAUAAGUUAUUUUUAUUAUCAUAUAACAAAAUGUAGUGUGUAUGUAUUAUAUACACUUUUUUUUUAUAACAAAAAUACAUCACUAUUAAUAUAUAGUACAAUUUUGUAUCGCCUAUUUUAAUUAAAAACACCAGGUAAUUAAUUGGCAAUACCAUUUUUAUUACUAUUGUCUAUAUUUGGGACUGAAAAGAUGUUAUGAAGUAAUUCAGUAGGAAUUGUAUAUAAAUAAAAGAGUAAUAGUUAUUUAUAUACGAAUUUAAUUUGUAAACCUAUUACGAAAACUAGAAGGCGGUCUAUUGCAGUCCAUUGGUUUUUUUUUUUUAAUUGUAUAUUAUUUGAGGUCUGCAGACGGUUGUAGUCGAUUUAACGUCUCGUCAAACGGUAUUUGUUUGUAUACAUCGCCCUGCUGUGGACAAGUGGUAAACGAAUCUAUCGAUACAAUCGUUUUCGUUCGCGAGUCCAUACGUUGAAGUAAGACAUUGAACGUUGCUAUUUCAUUCUAUCUCAUAAAUUCGCUUACGAUAACGAUUCGCUUUGAUGAAAGGCCUGAUCUAAUUAAUAGGUAUAUUACACUGUCAAAUACAUUGUAAAAUCUAAAUUUGUUAGCAUUAAAUAUGGAAAUGCUUUAACAUGUGACAUUGAACAUUUUUCCUAAAGAAUAUGGGUCGAAACCAAUAGAAAUUUUGAGCCUCCCAUACUAACACACUGCAUCCGCCUGUCAAGUUCGUAUGGGGACCUCUAAUAAUUGGAAAUUUCUUAAAAAAAAGAGAACUUAAAAAAUAUUAACUAAUGAUUUCAUUUUGUAUGUAAGAUCAUAUGUAUAUUUUGGAGUUGUAAUACAGAGCCGAAACGAAAAUUAGUCUCGGUAAGUUUCAUUGCGGAAGGAAAAUAGAGGGCAAAAGAAAAAGGGGAAGACUGAGAAAUUACUACAUGGGACAGAUAAAGGUGGCACUAAGUGCCACGUCGUAUAGGGAGGUCAAAGAUAUGCCCUGCUAUAGAGCUGACUGGAAGAGAAUGCAUGAAUUAGUUCAAAGAUUUCGCAAUAGAAUUAUUCCUUGUUCUUAGAAUUAAUUGUACGGACAAGAGGAAACUCUAAAGUGAAAAAAGUUUCUUUUAUUACUGAGUCAAAUAGUUAUCCCAUUGUAUUGCCCCCAUUUAAAAUUAAAUCUUUUUAAUGUUUCCAAUAUAAAUUAUGUACCUACAAUAAAGAUUUUACAAUUACAAAUUAUAAUUAAACAUCCUCAUAAUUAUAACAACAGCCUGAAAUUUGCGAGAGGAUGCAAACUCUAUUUUUUCAUAUCUUGCACUCUUGUAUUGUGCUUUGUUGGCCUAGUUACUUCGUUCCAUAAUCAAUCUAUGAAGUUGAGUUAAUCCACUUUUAAUAUCACUAAGGUUUUUUUAUACUUUUGUUGGGACUUAGCGAGAUCAACAAUAUCAUUUAAAAGAUUUUUGUUUCAAAAUGUUGUAUAAAUACAUUAAUAUUUAUUACUCUAAAAUAUAAAAAUAAUCUUACAAGAAAUUGACAGCAUAAUAGCUUUACGGCCGUCACCAAUAAUUAUUAUCAUUCAUCACUUUUACGGCCCAGCAUUCAGAUCCAUACAAGAAAGUGGUACUCAUGACAGUACAAUCUUUGAUACAUCGCAGUUUAUCUCGCCUAGUUAUAAUAAUAAUAGUAUAUUCUAUUUGCGUCACGUGAUUUCUCAAAUCAUGUUUUACCUAUUGAAAGAUCGAAAGAAUCGGUUUGCAACAAUUUCUCCAUCCUCAUUUACCUUGUGCCCACCCCCCAUGAAUUCUUUCUUAAUUAUCUUUUUGUUUACCAACAUGUCCACUAAAAUCACCUCUUAUAAUUAUAUUCUUGUUUAAAGUUUAGUUAAACCCAGUUCAAAAUUACAUACUUAUAAUACAAAGACUAAACUUUGAAAAACUACAACUGAAUGUAUUAUUAGGUAAUUGAAUUGAAUAUUUUUUUAUUUGGCUACAUUGUUUACUGGGAGCUACCGAUAGUUGUCUUAGGGUUUUAACCGCAAAUAUCUCUUAACACGAAUAAAAUAUUACAAAGACUGUAAUGUUAGAUUUACUUCAAAUAUGAUGGAACCAAAAAAUAAUGGGUUAUAUUUUAAUGUCAAUGUCACAGUAUUGAAAUUAAAUUAACGAGAAAAGGCAAUAAAUAGGUAAGUUAAAAAAUUCCACAAUUUCUAAAUAUCAGGAGGUAUUGGUGGUUAACCGUCGAUGAUACGUCAUAUAUUUUAAAAUCCUAAUUUUAUGUAAUGUAAGUGAUGGUUUGUCGGUUGGCUGGUGAAAAUAAAUCUCAUUUAGUUUGAGUUAGAUGUAGGGUAAUUUAUACAUGUAGGUAUGUAUCUGAUAGACGCGUGUAAUCAUAAUCAUGAAUAUUGACACUACAGAAUUGUGCCUAGAAAUUAUGCUUAUCCAUGUAUUUUUAUAGUGCAAUAAAUAAAUGUGUGAGAGAUUCGAAGCAGAUGCCAAAUGAUAUGAAAUUAUAAAAAAUAUUAAAUAAUGAAACAAUUGCAUAUACGUGCAUACUGAUAUUGUAAACAGAUUCUUUUUUUUUUUAUAUAUUUUAUUAAGUUCCUACCAGAGGAAAUAAAUUUGCUUCGAAUCGUAGUGAUUGGCCCCUAGAGAAUGAUUUUUGGCAUCUAUGUUCCAAAUUGUAGGAAGACAUGUGAUAGACAAAAUAAACUUUUUUACUCUA